AUGUUUCUCACCCACCUGGUCCUUCCCCUCGGCCUCUUCCUGCACGGAGCCUUAGCACGGGAUGUCAAUGAAGCGCUACCUCUGAAACCUGGCUCCUUCCCGGCAUCAACGCUUGAGAAGCGAGACAGGGAUAGCGACUCACAGUGCAAAGCUGAGUCGAAGGAUUCCUGCCAAUAUCGUGUGAAAUCUUCCACUUGUUUCCCUCAUGGCCAAAUCGUGAGCAUCUGCCGAGGGUGUUUCCCAGUGAAAUCGAUAGAAAUUCCUAUUGGGGACCAAAGAUGCCCAGAUAUACGUCGAUGCCUUGCAUGCAGGAAAAAGAAUGCCUGGAAUGAGGAAGUUAUGGAUACAAUGUGUGUCCCGUCCGGCCGGACUAUCAGCUGGGAUGGAAGUAAGGUAGAUGGUCAGGAAUCCUGUUCUCAGCAGAUUUCACUUAAGUUGGAUCAUGAAACAGAUCUUUUUCUGGUCGUUAACAUCGUUAAUGACGCAAAUGCCCCGACUGCAGCCAGAAAACUCAGGCUAUACACACAACCUGUACGCAUCCAGGCCUGCAUGUACACCUAUCCCAAAGACGGACAGCUGCAUGGAACAUCUGCGGUCCGCUUGUCUUAG